AUGAACCGCGGCCAUCGGCACGGGGCGGGCAGCGGCUGCCUGGGCACCAUGGAGGUGAAGAGCAAGGAUGGGACUGAAUUUCGUCAGUUUUCACUGGAAAGAUCAAAACCUGGAAAGUUUGAGGAGUUUUAUGGAUUACUGCAACAUGUUCAUAAAAUACCCAAUGUUGAUGUUUUAGUAGGCUAUGCAGACAUCCACGGCGAUUUACUACCUAUAAAUAAUGACAAUUAUCACAAAGCCGUUUCAACGGCCAACCCACUGCUGAGGAUCUUUAUACAGAAAAAGGAAGAGGCAGACUACAGUGCUUUUGGUACAGACACCCUCAUCAAGAAGAAGAAUGUUCUCACCAACGUGUUGCGGCCCGACAACCACAGAAAAAAGCUGCACAUAGUCAUUAGCCUGCCCCAGGACUUCCGGCCUGUGUCUUCCAUCAUUGACGUGGACAUUCUCCCGGAAACACACCGCCGGGUGCGUCUCUACAAGUACGGCACAGAGAAACCGCUAGGCUUCUACAUCCGGGACGGGGCCAGCGUCCGGGUGACCCCGCAUGGCCUGGAGAAGGUCCCGGGCAUCUUCAUCUCCAGACUCGUGCCGGGGGGCCUGGCUCAGAGCACGGGGCUGCUGGCUGUCAACAACGAAGUCCUGGAGGUGAACGGCAUUGAAGUAUCCGGGAAGAGCCUUGACCAGGUCACCGACAUGAUGAUCGCCAACAGCUGCAACCUCAUCAUCACGGUGCGGCCGGCCAACCAGAGGAACAACGUCGUCCGGAAUAGUCGGACUUCGGGCAGCUCCGGCCAGUCGACCGACAACAGCCUCCCCAGCUGCGCGCCGCCACCGGAGCCCAGCCUGGAGCUGGGGGAGGAGGACAGCGACGAUGACGACAUCGUCAUUGAGGACAGCGGGGAGCCGCGGCAGAUCCCCAGGGGCGAGAGCCUCGAGUCGCUCACGCAGGUAGAACUCAGUUUCGAGUCUGGGCAGAACGGUUUCAUCCCUGCUAACGAGGUGAGCUUACCACCGGUAGCAAGUGGCGCCCGCACCGAGUUCGAAACAAGUGCUCCAGACCAGAAACUCUUAGAGGAAGAUGGAACAGUCAUCACACUAUGAGACCCUCACGGCUUG